AUGCAGCCGGUGCAGAACGCGGAUCCUCCUCGUUUCGGGAUGCAGUCGGUGAAGAACACGGAUCCUCCUCGUUUCGGGAUGCAGCCGGUUCGGAACGCGGAUCCUCCUCGUUUCGGGAUGCAGCCGGUUCGGAACGCGGAUCCUCCUCGUUUCGGGAUGCAGCCGGUGCAGAACGCGGAUCCUCCCUGGAUCGGGAUUCAGUCGGUUCGGGGUGCGGCCGGUUCAGGAUGCGGAUCCCCUCCGUCGAUCGGGAUGCAGCCAGUUCUGGAUGAGGGUCCCCCGCUGGAUCGGGAUGCAGCCAGUCCAGGACAUGGAUUCCCGCCGGUUCAGGAUGCGGUUCGCCCCUGGAUCGGGGUGCAGCCGGUUCAGGAGCGGAGCAGCCUCGGGUCGCAGCCGGUGCCGCGAAUCGACUGCGGCUGUCAAGGCACUACGGAGCCUUUUAUAAUCGGGGCGGGCGGUGCCAGAGACCGGGGGGCAGAGUCGGCACGGGAAGGGCACUCCCCAGCCCCUGGUCCCCUCCCUCGGCCCCCUCCACCCUGCCCGGAGAGCUCUUCUCCCCUCUCCACUCCCACCUUCCCCGGAAGGCGCCUCUCCCUCGGGAUCCGCUAA